AUGGAAUUAAAUCCCUCCGACAAAAAUGCAGAGACCAUUAAUUCGAUAUUAGAGAAAGAAUUGAAAAUUGAUGCCGAAAUUCGUAAUCUUUGGUCAGAGAGUAUUCAUUGUCGGGAUCAACGUCAAACCUUUAAGAAGACUAAUGAAAUUUAUGAUUUCAUUAUUGUUGGAGCCGGAACUGCUGGGUGCGUGCUAGCUAGAGAACUCAUUUAUAAUGUUCCCAACGUUACCAUUUUGGUAUUAGAAGCUGGUCCACCAGAUGCGCAAGUUAAUGAUAAAAUUCGCUUGCCUUGUACCUUUCCUUCGGUGAAGCAAAGAAUGCCCAGUACUAUCGAACCUACAAAAGAAGUAAUAAAUAAGGAAAUGCCUUAUCCGCGUGGCAAGAUUAUUGGAGGAUGUAGCGCAGUGAACAAUAUGGUUUACAUGCGAGGUCAAAAGUCUGAUUACGAUAGUUGGGCUGCUCAAGGUCCUGAAUAUUCAAUUUGGGAUUACGAUCGAUGUCUUGAAGCUUUCAAAGCCGUCGAAAACAACGCCCGUGUAAACCCCGACGAAGAAUUUAAGAAGUAUCAUGGGUUCAAUGGGCUACUUCACGUACAAGAUAGUCCAAAUGAUACUUAUGAGAUGACAAAAGAUAUCAUUAAGGCUGCAAAUAAUCUUGGCAUUCCUUGUAAUAACGAUUUCAACGGGGUUAGGCAGAAUGGUGUAGGGAAACAUCAGCAUACAAUGAAGGAUGGAAAACGGAUUUCGUUGGCUGAUGGUUAUUUGACGGACGCAUUGAAGAAAGUUGAAAAAUACCCUUUGCUAAAGCCAUUAUCGCCUCCUUAUGGAGGAUUUUCCAACGGCGUUGCAAAGGUCGUUGCUGUCAAUGUCAAAACCCUUUCCCAUAUGUUGAGUAUUAUCUGGGAUGAAGAAAAGGAAGAUGAAAAUAUCGCAAUUGGUGUCAAAUAUUUCUGCAAUGGUGGAAUUCAAAACGCUUUCAUUGCCCCAAAAGGAGAAGUGAUCAUUUGUGGUGGCACUGUGAAUAGCGCUCAGGUUUUAAUGCUAUCUGGUAUCGGUCCAAAGAAUAAUUUGAAAGCAUGUAAUAUUAAAGUUCGUAAAGAAUUACCAGUUGGACGUAAUCUACUGGAUCAUCCUAUAUGUUAUAUGACUGGCAAUGUUUCUAUUCCAAAUGGAACAGAUGUUUCUCGAAUUCAUUCAUGGUGUAGUGGGAUUAAACUUGGAAUCAAUUAUAAAGGUAACGUUGAAGGAAAAAUUCCGAGCAAAGAAGAUUUUCUAGAUGAACGUCCGGAUUUUCAAACUUAUGUAUUAAAUUGCCCAAAAAGUGUUGGCCAUUUGGAAUUAAGUAGUUCUAAUCCAUUCAUUCAACCAAAAUUAUUUCUCAAUUUUUAUGAAAAACCUGAAGAUAUGUAUAGAAUGAUUAGUUCACUAAAAUUAUUACGUGAAUUGCUUAAACAACCUCCAUUAAGUACUGUAUGGGGCGUGAAAGAACUUGGAUUUAAUGAUGAAUUUGGAAAAUGGUGUAGUGUAGGCGAAGAGAUGAGUGAUGAAGAUUGGGAAAGAUAUAUUCGUGAAAAGGGAUUUGUCACCAAACAUAUAUUUUCAUCAUCAUCGUUUCAUAUGUGUGGUACUGUAAAAAUGGCACCAGAAUCUCAAGGAGGAUGUGUUAAUCAUCGCCUUCAAGUUUAUGGCACCAAAAACCUUCGAGUUGUUGACGCUUCAAUUUUUCCGACGAUUCCGAAUGGUAAUAUUAAUGCACCUGUUGCCAUGGUUGCAUGGAGAGCAAGCAAGUUAAUUGAAGAGGAUUAUAGAGCUAAAAUUUAA